AUGCCGGAUCCGCCCGGCGCCGAUGUGCCCCCGCCCGAGGACCUAUUGGGUGGUAAUGGCGCGAGUGAUUCAUCACUCAACACGCAAACGCGUGAAGCGGUCACUGGAGGAACCGCGAAUCCUCCAGCUUGGUCGCCCGAGGCAACUCAGGUCCGGUUGGACCAUGAGAAGCUGAUGAAGAAGACCUUCCAAGUGCUCGGGAUUGUUCCCUCCAGCAAGUCGACCCGCCGACUGAUGGUCCUGAUGCACGACACCUCGACCCCGCCUUCGCAGGCGCCAGCGCUCGCACGAGCCGCCCAAAGAGCGGUGCGAAACGACGCAGCCCCGGCCUCCAAUGUGAUUCGAGUCAUUAUGGAUGGUCCUGGAUCACCCAGAGGUCCUGUACAGACCGCGCUGCGCAAGCACUUUGGAUUGGCCGAGACGCCGUUCAUGUUCGCGCGGCCCGAGGGCGUCGUGCUUGACCCCGAGGUCGAGAAGCUUUUCUCAAAAUGCGUGAAGCUGAACCCGAUUGUGACAAAAGCCACGAAGAGGUUCCCGAUCGCUCGUCACAUGACGAGCUUGUAUUCGAAUCCGAGCAAGCUUGUCUUGAAGCCACUUCAGCGGGCCCAUUCCCCUACCACGGCAAGGAGAUGGUUACCGAGCUCCCCAGCGCCUCUCCCCUUAACCACGUCGUGCAGGUGCAAUUCACCUUGCCCUCCUCCUCCAGUGCGAUCCCCGCUUCCGUGCUCCGAAAAUCUCUCGAUGAUGCUAUCACCCUUUCGUUUGGCCGCGCAGGUCGCACGCAAGGUUAUACCCUGAUGCAAUUACAGCGGGGCCUCGCGGUCGAUCCGAAUGGCGAUCCGAUGGCCAUGACCGAAGACGGGUUCCACUGCGCGUACCUUCGCUUACAUGCUGAUCUUUUCCAAGGCUCCAUCGAGACGCAGAAGGCUGCGCUCAACGCCGCUUUGCUGUUAAGUUGGGACCGGUGGGUCGCUGGAGAAUCGUGA